CGGGCAUUUGUGGGCGUUUUGGGGGUAGCCUAGGCUAGCCUACGCCAUGCUGUUGGAGUUGCAAACAAAUGCGGCAUCGCCAUUGAGAGAUCACAAAGAAAGGAGCUGGCUCUAAGCAAAUGGUGAUGAGCUUGCGCGUCUCGGAGCUGCAGGUGCUUCUGGGAUACGCGGGGCGGAACAAGCACGGCCGCAAGCACGAGCUGCUGACCAAGGCCCUGCACCUGUUGAAGGCCGGCGUGAGCCCUGCCAUCCAGCUCAAGAUCAAGGAGCUGUACCGCCGUCGCUUCCCCUCAAAGCUGGUGUCGCCCGUGGACCUGGCACUGCCCGCUGUCCACCUAGCGCCCCCCAGCGUCACGGCGGCGCCCAGCCCGGCGGCAGCGCCCGGCUCCCUGCACCCCGGCCUAGCACAGCUGGCCUUUGACGGGCACGGCGCCCCCUCGCCCCUGCUGCCCGUCUCCCUGCUGGGCACCAAGCACGAGCUGGGCGGCCUGCCCCACCUGCCCCCUGCCAUGCACCCGCUGCACCCCGACGUCAAGAUGCAGAGGCUGCCCUUCUACGACCUGCUGGACGAGCUCAUCAAACCCACCAGCCUGGCCACAGACAGUAACCAGCGUUUUCAGGAGACGUGCUUCGCCUUCGCUCUGACUCCACAGCAAGUCCAACAGAUCAGCAGCUCAAUGGACAUCUCGGGGUCCAAGUGUGACUUCUCAGUUCAGGUUCAGUUAAGGUUUUGUCUGUCAGAGACGAGUUGCCCUCAGGAAGAUCACUUCCCUCCCAACCUCUGCGUCAAAGUGAACGGCAAGCCAUGCAACCUUCCGGGCUACCUUCCCCCCACCAAAAACGGCGUGGAACCGAAGCGGCCGAGCCGGCCGAUCAACAUCACCUCACUGGUGCGCCUCUCCACCACAGUCCCCAACACCAUCAUCGUGUCCUGGACGUCAGAGAUCGGACGGAGUUACUCCAUGGCGGUGUAUCUUGUGCGACAGCAGUCAUCUUCAGUUUUGCUCCAGAGACUGCGCUCCAAAGGCAUCCGAAACCCAGACCACUCCAGAGCGCUCAUCAAAGAGAAGUUGACAGCUGACCCGGACAGUGAAAUAGCCACCACCAGUCUGCGAGUGUCCUUACUGUGUCCGCUGGGGAAGAUGCGUCUGACCAUUCCAUGCCGGGCGCUCACCUGCUCGCACCUGCAAUGUUUCGACGCCACGCUCUACCUCCAGAUGAACGAGAAGAAGCCCACAUGGGUGUGUCCCGUCUGUGACAAGAAGGCCCCCUACGAGCACCUCAUCAUCGAUGGACUAUUUAUGGAAAUUCUGAGCAGUUGUGUGGACUGCGAUGAGAUCCAGUUCAAGGAGGACGGCAACUGGUCCCCCAUGAGAUCCAAGAGGAUUGUGCAAGAAGUGUCGGCCUCGUCCAACGGCCUGGAGGACUCAUGCCGGUCGGUAUCGGAACAUCGGAACAGUUCCUCGCACGACAGCAAAAAGGUGGAGAUCAUCGACCUCACACUGGACAGUUCCUCAGACGAAGACACAGAGGACGAGCCCCCGCCCAAGAGGACGUGCCCGUCACUGUCGCCCACUUCUCCACCAAUGAGCAAAGGAGUGUUGAAUCUGCACCACCCGUUGUCCCCGGUGACGCGAGCUCCCAGCAUGCCCGCCAUGGAGACCAGCUACAUCCCCCCGCCCCCUCCCCUCAUUCAGGACUACCGCCACUUCUACCCCGCACACAGCGAGCUGGAUCUGAACUUCUUUCACUCCUUCUUACAGAAUGACAAUCAGCAUUAUAACAUUCAUUAUAACAUGGUGAUGGCUGCUGCGGCUGCAGCGUCCGCCUCUGCUACCUCUCCAGAGGAGCACGAGCUGCUUAUGAGCCGCUUCCUGCCCUACACCUCCUCACAGCUGUUCCUUGACCAAUCAGGCGCGGUGGCCACGGCUGCAGGGGCGGGCUUAGGGGUGGCUGUGACCAAUGGAAGCAGCACGAGCAGCAGCAGCAGCAGCAGCCUAGUGUCGCCCGGCGGGCUGAGGGAGAGCAGUAGCCACAGCCACAGUACGUCGUCGUCCGCCGCAAUCGCCCGGGCCAACUCGGACGCAGCAGCGGCGGUAAUCUAUGGCGCCAUCCCAGAUGUCAUCUCACUGGACUGACCCCCCCCCCAGCACCAUACACAGACCCCUCCCCUCCCCCCACAUAGACUAGCCUGCAGUGGACAGAGGAAAGCACUGAGAGCGAGAGUGUGUGUGCGUGUCUGUGUGUGCGUGUCUGUGUGUGAGUGUGUGGGUGUGAGUGUGUGGUGAACCUUGGACAAGAAGUUGUUUUCAACCGAGGACUAAAAGGUUAGGAAGUUGAAGAGCGAAAAGGAGACUGAAGAGAAACUAAACGCCAUUUUGUAUAAAAGAAGAGGAGGACAAACAGGAGAGACAAAAAGGAGGGAAAAAAAACAAUACUGUGUACAGAGAAGAGAAAUAUAUUUUCAGUUUUACUUUUGUAUAUAUAUAUAUAUAUAAAUAUAUAUAUAUAAAUAUGAAUAUAUAUAUAUUAAGAUAAAAACACACAAAACGUAGGACGCUGUCCUAUCCUGAGGGCAACUUCAUUUACACUUUUCCCCCUGGUGAAGAUGUUUGUUUUUUCUUCACAGAUCGAUGUGUUGUCCCUUUAUGAUAUAUACCUUUUAUACUUCUUUUUUCUUUGUUUUUUGGUAUUCUAUUCCACCAGAAUCACUUCACAAUCAUGCAUUCACCAUCGCUUUCUUCUUGUGUGUCUGUUUUAAACCAUCAUAAGACUCUGAAUCAGCUGAGGGGGGUUUGAGGAGGGAAGGACCGGGUCAGUAAAUGUAUUUAAUGUUUAUUUACUGUGCUGAUUAUUUAUGAUGCUUUUAAGACGUGUAGAGAUGUAUGCUCUGCAAGAGCAUUCCUAACUGUUUGCCAUUGCAGGCUCUAGCCUUUAGAAAUCCACAUUUCUAUUGCAGGCUCUAGCCUUUAGAAAUCCACAUUUCUAUUUUUUUCUCUUUUACCCCUACUCCAAAGAAUUUUGUUUCUCAGUCCUGAAAAAACAGGACUUUUUUAUUUUAUUAUUAUUUUCUUUUUAAAUGAUUGAUUUGACUGAGUAAUAAUAUUCAUGGAUGCUUAAUGACAUCAAUUAUUGACUUAACAUUAUGAUUCCCUACAAACCAUCUGUAGAGCUCACCUGAACUGAUUGCAUAUUGGAGGAAAAAGAUAACAAAAUCAAUUCGAAGUGAUGUUUGUUUUGCCCUGACAUAAGAAUCAAUAUCCCUGGUGGGAGGUAGAGUUUGUGCCAGACCACACACACUGGGGGACAUUCUGCUGUGGUGGUUCCACGAUAAAAGGAGAAUUCCUCAUUUUGUGUACGAGUACUCAAGCGCCUGCAGAGGGAGGGUGGUUAUUAUAGCUCACUGGUGUGAAUACCUCCAGGCUUGUUCUCCCAAUUACUUACACCCAAAUCUCAGAGCAGCUGCCAUCAGGGGGACACCUGCCCAAGAGACGAGAUGAGACGCCCUUGACUUUUCCCUCACUGCGGGAUUUAUUAAAAGAUUGAAUGUGUUUUAUUAUUUUAUUUUUUUAAACCCUUACUUGUGUGCUUCAAAGCAAGUCCGACGCUUGCUGAUUAACUUCAGGAUUUACCAUGGUGAGCUGCUCUCAAAGCAAUUCCCAAUUCAAGCCACUCCAGCCACAUUCUGACUCACAUGCUGUGUGUGUGUGUGUCCUGUUAAGUUCGUUGGGUUACUCAUAUUUUUUAGAGAGGGAACGGUUUGUACUGUUCUCUUCAUAUCUUUCACAGAGUACCCCCUUCUAAACCGCUGUUUAUUUUUUCAGGUGGCAAUAAGAGAUCAGAUCCUCGGGGUUGCUGUGCACAGCCCUGGCUAGCCCCAGUGUGUCUCUUCAAAUGAAGUUACAACUUCAGUAGAUUUGCUGGUUCUUUCCUCUGUUAUUAUUAUUAUUAUUAUUAUUAUUAUUAUUAUUACUUUUCUUGUGUACAAAAUUUAAUUUAAUUUAUUUUAUCUACAUAUUUUUACAUUUUGUUUGACAAGUAUGUGUUGCUCUUACCGUACGUGUCAUUUCUUCUGUAAUUAUGAUUAUUUAAAGAGCUCUACUGCUUUGUAUUGAAACUUUUUUUCCCCCUCGUCUCCGCUUGAUCCUCGUCUGUCAGAAGUUCAGACAUCUCUUCCAUUUCCGCUGUCUACCAUGCUGUUACAGAUUUGAUUCUGUGUUGAAAAUUAAAAUACAUCAAAAACA